CGGGAAGGAGAGCAUUUUUAUUUAUCAAAGCUGCUGCUUUUCAAGUUUGAUAUAUAGGAAUAUUUCACAUUGGCUGUAUGUAAACCACUGAAUGCAAAUCCUUUGUUUUAUGAACAAGCGGUAUACAAAUCUUGUUGAACAGAUAAGAGUCCCUCUUUCCUUAAUCCUCCCCCCCCCUUCUCUGGGAGGUCCUACAAAGGGUUAAAUCUGAGAGAUGCCCUUCCCCAAAAUUUCCCCAGGUUUUUUUAAAAAAAAAUUGUGAAAAGCGGGCGGGGCUGGUGGGAGGGACCAACCUGCUGAAGGAGCCCCUCCCUGUCUGGUCUCAGUCUAUUCCAUUCAUUCCAGCAAACUGGGUGUUGGAGGGCGGCUGGAAGCGGUGGUGAGUUUGAACCCAUUACUGUAUCUGGGACUGGGUGGAAGCUGGGCCCUUGGAACGCCCUGCCACUAUAUAUAUAUCUCUAUAUAUCUCUAUAUACAGGCUCCAUCCUUGAGAUCAACCUUCCCCAACCUGGUUCCUUCCAAAUGGGGAUUUUUGCUGUUGUUGCUGCAACUACUUGAUGCUUAACUGUGCUGGCUAAGCCUAACGCAUCUUAAAAGUUCGCCAGCUUGGGGGGGCAUGGUCACACAAGCCAUGGGGGUUGGAUGGAGUCCAUAAGAUGCUGAGUCGGAGCAUUGGCCCAUUUGAGCUCCGUUUUGCCUACACGGGCUGGCAGCAGCUCUCCUGCUUGGAGAUGCUGGGACCCUUUUGCGUGCGGAGCAGACGCUCCAGCACUGAGCUGUGACUGCCUUUUUUAGUUUCUAGUCCUCAGGGUUCCAAAUGGAAAGCAGUGUAAACUGGAACAAAGGAAUAAUAAUAAUAAUGCCUAGCAAAGCAGCUGUUCUGUCGCUAUGCCAUGGCGCAUUCCUCCAGCCCAAAGCAACUGGAAGUCGCCAGAUGGGGAAAGGUGUUGUAAGUGGUGCCUUUUACAAGUAAAACCAGGUUGGCAUGUGUUGCGGCAAUGGUGGCAUGGGUUGAAUAGAUAGAGCCUCUAUUGCCAGAUGCAGUCUACCUCUAAAUACCAGUUUCCAGAAAGGUGUGAGCAGCGCUGCCUCUUAUUCCUCCCUCCGGAGAAGAAAUUGCAUUCCUGGAUGAGGUGGCUGCGGGUUGUUUUCAGUGCUAGUCCUACUCAAGAGUAGGCCUAUUGAAAUGAAUUGACCUAGGUUGGAGGGUUUUUGGGGUUGUAUUACUGUGAAGAGUUUCAAAACAAACAUUAACAGAGAAACCAAUGGUUCAAUGGCUGUUGUUGAUAAACUGCUGUUAUCCAAAGGAUCAGUGAUUAAGUGGACAGGUAGUGAAACAUGGCUAUACACUCAAAUGGGUCUACUCUUGAGUAGGACCGGCACUGAAUCCUGUCCUGGGUUUCCCCUCCUUUUAGUCUGACCCAAAAUGAUAAUCCUUAUUCUUAUCCAUCAGUUCUGUAAUCCUCUCUGUUCUCUUCAGCUGAAUUUUUAAUUCCUGUUGCUUUCAUUUUCUUAUUUUAAAAAAUAUAUUUUAAAGUUUUCUAUUAAUAGUUAAAUGCUUUUUUAAAGUAACGAUUUGGACAGCAGCUGUGAAAACCAUAUGGAAAAGUGGGGUGUAAAUUUAGUAAUGAUUUGAUGGCUUGAAUCGUUAUUAAUAAUUGCCCGACCUUCACCGUAAAGUCCCAGGUAGGGUUACAACUAAAAAUUAAUAUUAAAAACUAUUUAAAACAGCUUACAAUCGUAAAAAUAGAGUGGAUCCUAUAUUAAAAUUUGUUAAGUUAAAAUCCUAUAUGUGUGUCCUGCUUAAUAUUUCAAAAAUCUCUUAAUUGGUGUACAGUUGGUGAAUAUUUAAGUUUAUCUUUUGCCCUUCCUCCCAGAGCAGCCCAGUAAUAAAACAUCUUUAAAAUAAAAAACCAAAAACAUCUCCCAAAUGAUUCCAAUACAGAUGCAGACUGGGAAAGAUCUCAAAAGGCCUAUUAAAAAGCCUUUUCCUCCCUAGUCUGGGACUUCACUCUAUUGAGAUGUUUUUAUUUGCUAUCUAUUACCACUUUUGCUAUGUUUGGGUAGAUUUUUUUCAUGUUGCAAGCUGCCUUGAGCAUGGUUUAGUUAUGGAAAGGUGGCCUACAACUAGAGAAUUGUUGUUUAGUUGUGUCCAACUCUUCGUGACCCCAUGGACCAGAGCACGCCAGGCACUUCUGUCCUCCACCGCCUCCCACAGUUUGGUCAAACUCAUGUUGGUAGCUUCGAGAACACUGUCCAACCAUCUUGUCCUCUGUCGUCCCCUUCUUGUGCCCUCCAUCUUUCCCAACUUCAGGGUCUUUUCCAGGGAGUCUUCUCUUCUCAUGAGGGGGCCAAAGUAUUGGAGCCUCAGCUUCAGGAUCUGUCCUUCCAGUGAGCACUCAGGGCUGAUUUCCUUCAGAAUGGAGAGGUUUGAUCUUCUUGCAGUCCAUGGGACUCUCAAGAGUCUCCUCCAACACCAUAAUUCAAAAGCAUAAAUUCUUCGGCGAUCAGCCUUCUUUAUGGUCCAGCUCUCACUUCCAUUCAUCAGUACUGGGAAAACCAUAGCUUUAACUAUACGGGCCUUUGUUGGCAAGGUGAUGUCUCUGCUUUUUAAGAUGCUGUCUAGGUUUGUCAUUGCAUUUCUCCCAAGAAGCAGGCGUCUUUUAAUUUCGUGGCUGCUGUCACCAUAUGUAGUGAUCAUGGAGCCCAAGAAAGUAAAAUCUCUCACUGCCUCUAUUUCUUCCCCUUCUAUUUGCCAGGAGGUGAUGGGACCAGUGGCCAUGAUCUUAGUUUUGUGGAUGCUGAUCUUCAGACCAUAUUUUGCACUCUCCUCUUUCACCCUCAUUAAAAGGUUCUUUAAUUCCUCCUCACUUUCUGCCAUCAAAGUUGUGUCAUCUGCAUAUCUGUGGUUGUUGAUAUUUCUUCCAGCAAUCUUAAUUCCGGCUUGGAAAAGCGGGGAUAUAAAAACACAUAAGAGCAAAUAAAACAGGGUUAAAAAAUUAUUUAUUGCAUUUAUACACUGUUUGUAUCCUUCCUUUGUGCUCACAGAUAUUUGGGGUGGGGUGGGGGUUAAGGGGAGGUCUCCCUCCAAUCUAAUUAUGCUUGCCACAACCCUUUUUGGUAGGUUAGGCCGAGCUGGGGGUAUCAACUAUUUUGUUUUAUUUAUUAUUAUUAUACUUGAGUCCCACCUUUCGUCCAAAGAACUCAAGGCGGUGUGCAAAACAAAUAUUAAACCAGGGAAAAAUUAGUCACAAAAAUGUUUCGUUUGUUUAUUGAUUGAUUGAAUUUAUAUACCGCCCUAUACCCCGGGGUUUCAGGGUGGUUCACUGAAUAAAAUCAAGAUAUAAAACCAGAAAAUACCUAAUAAAAAUAAAAACAGCAACCCAAUACCCCCCCCCACAAAAAAACACAUUUUAAAAGGGCAUAGGAUGUUGUUGUUGUUUUGUAAUGUGUUUUGAAAAGCAGCAUGCUUACAUGAUAAAUGUGUGCUUAGCAACAUGGAUCUGAUACAGAUUUUUUUUAAUUUAGUAAAUAAAUUGCACACUGCUUCAUUGUAAAAAAACAACCCUCAAAGCAGUAAUAAAUAUAUAUACCACUCUUCAUCGAAAGAUCUCACCGUAUGAUUAGAACAGCGCUGUUGCUUUUUUAAAGCUUUUCACUCUUCAAAUUUAUUUUUAAAAAUCAGUUAAGUUGUAAGAUGUAAAGGCAGCAGGGAUUUUUUCCCCUUUUUAGAAAAACUCCUCACCUGUGCUACUACAGCCAUUUCCAUGUCAACACCUGUCCUGAAGAGACCUCUUGCAAAAGCAUUCAGACUGGCUUUGUGUCAGUCCUGGCGGGGACAAUGGCAGUGUACUUGAGACAAAAGAUUGCCCUCCCAAAUCUGUUUAAAGCAAAGUGAUAAAAUGGGAUUUGCCAAUCUCUGCCCUGGAGGCACCUUCCAUUCCUGAAAGGGCUCAGAACAGCUUUUCUCAAUCUUUGGCUAGCCAACAUCUGUCUUAAAAACAACACAGGAAGUCUGAGAAUGGGAGGGGCACUAGCCUUAAUGGUUUUUAAAGUUGGGGGGGGGGUACCCGUGGAAAGUGGGAUGGGAAGUAAAUAAAACAAAAGGGGAAAAAAAUAUGUAUUUGAAUUUUAUGUGAAUUUGUGGAAAUUUAAUUAUAUAUAUAUUUAAAAAACAAGUGUGUGUGUGUGUAUAUAAAAAAUCAAAUCCCUGGAUUAGGUCCUCUGCCCUACACAUUUAAAGCAGUAUCAUACCACUUUAAACUCUCAUAGUUCCCUUUCCCCCCCCCCAAAAAAAAUAAAUAAAUCCUGGAGAACUGUAUUUUGGUAAGAGUGCUGAUUGCUGCUAGGAGACACAUGCACCCAUUCCUCUCGGAGAGCUAUAAUUCCCACAGUGGUUUAACAACAAAUCCCUCUUCCCAGAGAACUCUGGGAAUUGAGGGGAAUGGGCGUCUCCUGACAUCUCUUGGCACCCUUCACAUCCUACAACUCCCAGCGUUAUGUCGGGGAAACCGGGACUGUUUAAAGUGGAAUGAUGCUGCUUCAAAUGCCAACUCCUAGGAGUUUUGGGGGCUCCGGCCUCCCCCCAAUGGAAUAUUUGAGGGGGCCAGCCUCCCCCCCCAAAAGUUGAUGGGCAUUGCCAUUCGAAUGGUGUGCGUGCACCAUGUCAUGUGAUUGAUUAUGUGGGGUGAGCCUUAACCGGCCUCCCAAUAUUUCAUUCAUAUUCCCUCCCCCCCAGUGUAGUGCAAAUGGGGCCUAAAUGUUUGAGGCUCGAUGGCGUAUUUGUUUAAUGUGGAAGUUUUAAAACCAGGUUUAGCCAGAGGAAUCCUGGGAAGGGGAUUUGGAAGCAAGGUCUAGGGGCAAGGAGUGGGAACACCCCUGGCCCUCUGCACGUUGUUGGCUGAACUGCAACCUUCUGGGGGCCACAUAGAUGGGGCCAGGGGCCACAGCUGACAAAGUCACUGGUGUGUCAGUUUUUCCCCUCAGUAUAGCAGGUUAAUUUCAGCAAAGAUGCUUUAAAAGGGUCCCUGUUUUCAUCAGAGAAAUGUUAGAGGGUAUGCAGGCUUGGGGAGAGUCCCAAGGGCCGUGUAGAGGGGCUUGGAGGGCCACAUUUGGUCCCUAGGCUGAGCAAUAUAGGAAGUUGCCUCAUACUGAGACAGAACCUUUGUCCACCACAUUCUUGUCUACACCAGGGUUUUCCAAACUUGGGGCUCCUGCUGUUUUUUGGAGGGGGACCACAACUCCUAUCAUCCCUAGCUAGCAAGACCAGAAGUCAUGGAUGAUGGGAACUGUAGUCCAAAAACAGCGGGAGACCUAAAUUUUGGAAGCACUGGCCUACACUGACUGGCAGUGGCCCCUCAAAGUGUCAAGCAGGGGAAAUUCCCAGCCCUGGAUGCCAGGAUUGAACCUGGGAUCUUAGGCCUGCGGAGCAGCUGCUCUGUCGCUGAGCUCAGUCCCGUCUUCAGAAGCUGCCCUAUCCCAAAUCAGCUUUAGUCAGUCUAGUUUAGUUCUGUCUACCCUGGUUGGCAGCACUUUAGGCAGGGGCUCCUAGCCCAUCCAGAAUUAAACCUAGGAACUGUAGAAUGCAAAGCAGGUGCUCUGCCAUUGAGGAUACAGCCCUUUCCAUUACCUAGGUCAUAAAACUGUAGAGUUGGAAGGGACCCACGGGUCAUCUAGUCCAACCCCCUACAAUGCAGGAAUCUCAGCUAAGGCAAUCAUGACAGAUGGCCCUCCAACCUCCACUUAAAAACCUCCAAGGAAGGGCAGAGGAGUAAGACAGCUUCUUGUAUUCCCUGCAGAAGUUUGUAAUUUGUAGCAAUUUAGCAUGAAUGCUGUGCAUCUCCUGGUCCAGCCCAGUGUGAGGUUUAGCAGCAAAAGCGUAGCAAAAGACUUUGCAAAGAGAGCGAGAGGUGAUUCUCUGUCUGUCUCUCUCUCUGUGUCUUGCAAGUUUUGCCUUUUCCAGAUCUGUCAGCAAGGUGCAGUGUGAAAUUUCCUAGCGCUCAGAAGACCUGGGAAGUGGCUGUUGGCAUGUGGGUUUCUGUUCCUUCUGACAUCCCUGUUUUGCGUUCUCUUUCAGGAAAGAAGCCUUUGAAAACAAAAACAAGUUGCUUCCAAGCUGUCCCGGUUCUUCAGCGACAAAAUUGCAGGCCGCGAAACCCUUGCACGACUUGCCCAGGGAGUCCCCUUGUGUCGGGAGCAGCUGCACAAGCACAGGACCAGAAGUUGCCAUUUUUUGCCAUUUGUUUGCUGCAAGCUUCAAUACUUCCAGCUGGCAGAGCUAAAAUGGCCGCCACACGCCGCUGGAGGGCCGAAGCUGAGCGCACCCGGCUUCGGGAGGACCCCAAAGGUCUCAAAACGGGGGCCGGCGAGGCAGGAACCCUCGAAAGCCCCUUGGCAAGCCAUUCGGCAGACGCCGGGGGAUACGUGGCACGCCAAGAGAGCCAGCCGAGAGCAGGGAGCAGCGGUCACUAUCAGUGGGAGACCGAGUUCCAAGAGUUUCUGGAAGGUUCCAUCUGGGAGGAGCAGACCCCGGAGGAGCUGGCCCUGCGGGCCGACACCCGGGCCUUCCUGGCCUCCUUUGAGCAGGUGGCUGUGGCCUGCCACUGGCCCAGGAGGGAGUGGGUGACCCGGCUGCUGCCGGCCCUGGGCGAGGAAGCGGAGAAGGCCUUCAUCAGCCUGGACCCCCAGGACCGCGGAGACUUCCAGAAGGUCAAGGCGGCCAUCUUGAGGCGCGAGGCCCUGGCGCGCGAGAAGAAGCACCAGGAGUUCCGCCGCUUCUGCUACCAGGAGGCCAAGGGGCCCCGGGAAGUCCUUGCGCGGCUCCAGGAGCUGUGCCAACAGUGGCUGAACACGGAGAGGAGCAGCAAGGAGCAGAUCUUGGAGGCUUUGCUCCUGGAGCAGUUCCUCAACGUCCUGCCAAAGGAAAUGUACCACUGGGUCAAGGAGCGUGUGCCGGAGAGCUGCUUGCAGGCCGUGGCUCUGGCGGAAGAUUUCCUGAGGAGGUUGCAAGCGGCCGAAAGGGGGGAAGAACCGGUAAGAAGGUUGCAUUCCUUUUUCCCCCCAGGUUUGCAAGCAGCUGCUAGCCAGCAAAUGGUUGCAAAAGUCAAAUAUCCCAGCAGUGCAAGCGACCAAAGCCAGUGCCUUCAACUUCGCUUUUUCUUUUUUUGGCGAAAUAUAAGGACACACUAGGAUCAUCUCACUGAACCCUGUGCAAUGCAGGAUAUUUUUUGUCCAACCCCCAAUUUCCAGUUCAAGCUGAGCGAGCCUCUGGGGCCCAGUAAUAAUAAUAAUAAUUAUUAUUAUUAUUAUUAUUAUUAUUAUAAUUUAUUAUUAUUAUUUAUUAUUUAUGCCCCGCUCAUCUGGCCGGGUUUGACUCUGGGCAGCUUCCAACCAAAUAUUAAAAACAAUACAGCAUCAGACAUUAAAAACUUCCCUAAACAGGGCUGCCUUCAGUUGUCUUUUAAAAGUAAAAUAGUUGUUUAUUGCCUUGACAUCUGCUGGGAGGGAGUUCCACAGGGCAGGCACCACUACCGAGAAGGCCCUUUGCUCUCAGAAAUCUGCUCUCAGUCCAAACCUUUUACAUCUUUGUAGCUGGGUUGUUUUCAGUUUCUUAUCUCAUUGUCUCUGGCCUGUAGUUUGCUCCAAUUAAAGCCCAAUUAACAGGAUAACCUGUGCUUCCAGGAACGGGAUGGGGGAGGGGGUUUUGUGGGAUCCAGAGUACUCCAUGCACCCAGUGCCUUUGCCUGCCCGUGCAUUCCAAUGGGAAGCAAGUGCCAGACCGCCAGGCAAACUGCGGGUGAGAGCUUGGUCCCUCUUCCAACCAAAGAGGAAAACAGAUAAUGAAAUUCCCCCAUCAUUAUCUGAUUAUCUCCAUCUGUCUCUCUUACGCAGUGUUGGGAGAAACUCCAUUCAAGGAGCACCGGAAACAAGAAGCCAAAAUUGAAUACAUUCAGUGCCUUACCUAAAGAGCUGCUUCUAGUUUAUUAUUAUUACAUGUUUCUCCUCUUUACCCUGACAACAGCCGUGUGAGGUAGCUCAGGCUUGAGAGAAUGGUGACUGGGCCCAAGGUCGCCUGGUGUAUUACAUGGCCGAGUGGGGAUUCGAACCCUGAUCUCUCAGGUCAUAAUCCAGCGCUCUAACCAUUGCACCACACUGGUGACUUGAGCACUUUGCCUUCUGUUCCUUUUCCUCCACUCCUCAGUGGUCUCCCUUUUUCUGCUCUUUAAUUUUUUCCAGGAGCAGGAAGAGGCUGCAGAUCUUCGCAAGAAGCAGGAAGUUCCGCUGGAAACGGUGCCGCUGCAAACUUGGGCUUCGAGGGAGGUCCAAGGGGAGCCCAGUUCAUCAUCACGCAAGACUUACACAGGUAAGCAGCACUCUUAGUUUUGCCUGGAAUUAGCGGUAGGAAGAGGAGAUCCAGUGUGGAGCAGUGUUGAUGUUGUUUUAAUCAAUUUUAUUCAAGGUUUUCAACAUACGCUACAAUAAAAGCCAAACAAAGCCAAUAGAGAGCAAAAUAAAAAAAGGAUAGAGGAAACACCCACACACAAACAAAAUUUUAUAUUCUAUCAACCAGCUGUAAGGCAUAUGUUGAAACCAGCUUGUGUUAAGAUUUUCUGUUUCAGAUAAAGAGGAGUGUAUUGAUUGGUGUGUGUAGUUAACACAUAACCUUUUUGACAGGAAAUGAGCUAGAGACAACCACCUGAUCUUUAUAAAAACUACUAUUUAUUGGUGCUUCUGUUUAGUUUUUUCCCCUCUUCUCCCCUCCUCUCUUUUUUCCUUUUGUGCCCUGUCGUUUCAGAUUGUAUGCUUGUGGGCAGGGACGGUCAUGUCGCAAUUGGUUGUAUGCAAGGCACUCUGGGAGUAUUUUUGAGUGGGUUAAAAAUGCUCUAAAUAAAACUGUUUUGGCUCUGGCCCUAACCACUACUCAUAUUUGGCCCUCAAAUGGUUGCCCAGAAGGCAGUGCGGCCCUCGGGGCUAAAAAGGGCUCCACAUCCCUACCUAAAGGAAGGUCCUAAACAUUCGGAAAAACUUUUUGACAGGAAGAGCCAUUUGACAGUGGAACGGUCUCCCUCAGGAGGUAGCGGCAAUGUUUGAUGUUUGAUUGUGUUUUUAAUAUUUUGUUGGGAUUUUUGUCAUUGUCUUGUUGGGCUGUGAUAUGUGAUAAAGGGGAGCCAACCGGGGUGAAGGUGUCUUCUUGUAUUUGUCCCUGUGUCAGUUUCAGUUCAUUGGUUAAUUUUUCUAGUAGAGCUAUUUGGUACCAUUGGUCCGUGCUUACUCCAACUCCACAAUUCUACGAUUCUACACAUAUGUCUUUCUGGUAGGUUAUGGGCAGGCCGGCGUGGCAAGGAAGAAGAAGACCUUCCAGUGGGGCCGCUACGGGGAAGUGAAGCUGCGAGCCCGGUUUCCCGGAAGAGCAAACGCCGUCCUGCCAUCCCGCUGGAAGCAGGCCGGAGGCACGCAGGAGCAGCGCCGCUCGGAUAGGCUGAAGCAAGCCCAGUUGCCGAACCUGGCCGAGGCGCCUCCCUCACCGCCGCCACCUCCUCCAUCUCCUCCACCUCGGGAUGUCAAGCCCAAGCUCAAGAAGCCCUCCCCCCCUCCAGACGCCGCCCCCAAGAGCCAGAUCAAGAUGUGCCCCGAAUGCGGCCGGGGCUUCAACGGCUUGGCGACCUUCAACCGCCACCGUAUGCUCCACACCGGGGAGAAGCGCUACGAGUGCUGCUUCUGCAGCAAGGGCUUCUGCUGGCGCUCGGAUCUGGUCCGGCACGAGUGCCAGCACACCGGGAAGAAGCCCCACGAGUGCCCCUUCUGCGGGGAGGGCUUCGACCGCAAGUGGCAGCGAGAGAAGCACGAGCUGAUCCACACCAAGAGCAAGGCGAAGCUGUGAGCGGCCUGCGACUUGGCGGGAGGGAAUUAGCGGGAUUUUAGGAAUAAGGGUGGGAGCGGAUAGCGUUGCUGGGUUAAAUCUCUCUGGGGCAGAACCAGAGGAGGGGGCUUCUCGUUGCCAACUCUGGCACCCUCCAGAUGUUCUGGACCACAAUUCCUGGUGGGAUUUGUGGUCCAGAACAUCCCAGCUUCCAAAGUCUGCCUCAGACAGGACCUGCAGUCUCGUUCCAGCUCCCUCCUCUUCUUGCCAACAAUGUGUGUUGUUUUUCUGGCCACCUGAGUGCAUCUCCUGGUUUCGGCAGCCUAUGUGGAGGAGGCAGCCAUGCCCAAAUGGAUCAGGGAUGAUUCAACCCGUCGUGUGGGGCCACUCCCCCCCCAAAAAAAUCCAGCCACCAUCCAGCCAAAAUGAGUUCUUUUCGAAAUUCCUCUCAAAGCAUGUGUUUCUUCUACAUGUAAACAUCCUGCAUCGCUUGGCAGGAUGUCCCGCCCCUCCUGUUAUUUCUUCCUCAUGGUGAAGCUAUUCCAAAAUAAAGUACACCCCCCCAAAAAAGCUGUAUGUUGCAUUAUCCUGUUCUGAAUUAGUGACCAAGCUUAGGCAAUAUAUCAGGGUCUUUUUUACAUGGCUUUAAGCCCCUUGAAUGUAUUAAAGGAGUGGAGUGUGUUAGAAGGGAAGAUCAAGUAGGAGAAGCAGUUUUGAAUUUGAGGUUGGUAGUGGGGUGUUAUGGGGCAUGUUGAGCUUUUUGCAAGCAAGAGUUAAUUCUACUGUUCAUGUUACAUGUGUGUUUUAAUUAUCUGCAUUCUGGUGUUUCUGUGAAUCUGCCUUUCUGAAGGAAAAAAAAAUUUGGCGGGUUCUUCUCAAUAACAUCAGUUGGAGAAAAGCCUACUCCACAGAUUAGGUUGUGGGGAGAGAAUUAGAGGGAAGCAUCCUGAGGGGGCUGGAGGCUGAAUGUGGACUGUACUAUUUUAGGAUGUUGGUAGGGGGUACCAUUUUCGAAAGCUCUGCCAUGUUAAACAAACCUUAGUGAGGAAAAAUUAGAAAAACACCCCUUGUCAUGGGGAAGACAUUCUAUUUCGGAUCAGUUUUUGUACUUGAGCUCUUCCCCUGGUCCAGGCACCAUUAAAAUUAAAUGUGGGAUCCCGCCUGGGUUCCAAAAUGGUACAGCCCAUUCCACUACCUCAAGGACUAUACCACUUCAUUCUGCUGUAUGGCUAAGCCAUACCUUAGUUCCCCAAAUUUAAUAACUAUAUUUACAUUCUCUUGAACCCCUAGAAAGAUGGUUUGGUCCCAGACUUAUUUAACACACACAUGCCCCCAUGCUCAAGUGCUGUUUUUCAUCUAAUGGGCAACACAGAGUUCAGCCACAGUGACGGUAACGUGGGGUCACACACAUUUCGAAAUGGGCAAACAAUGGUUUGCAGGAGCCACAGGGGUGGGGAAGUUUCAGCCCUCAAGACUCCUAAUUCCAAUCUUCCUCAGCCACCAUGGCCAAAGGAUGGAGAUUGGUUGUCUGACAGCAUCAAGAGGGCAGCAAGUUCCCCCUUCUCAGUAUGCUACCAUCUGCCUGAUUUGAACAUAACAGUAAACUAUGGUUUGGCCAAACCAGGAAGUGGGGGGGGGGGAGGAGCAAAUCAGCCUCAAGCACAGUCACUGUGGUUUGGCUAUUGAUGUGUGAAUCCAGAUAAUAUCUGUCCCAGAAGCUGAUCCUAAUGUAUUGUUCUCGUUCUCUCAUUAGUCUACCACUAUUGUGCCCAUCUGUUUAAAUGUUCAGUAGUAGCCUAGCUUUUCCCCCAAGCAUCCUAGAAAUGAGCCGAACAGCAGGUACCAGUUGCAAACCAAUGAAGCCGUUUUCAUUUUUUUUGGUUCCCUUGUUGAGUGUCUACAGUUCUGAAUGCCCACGCUUUUAUACUCCUGUCAAAACAUGUUGAGGUUUUAUUUAUAAAGUUUCUUAUCUCAAGUUUUUUGUAAUCUUAAAUUAAAAAAAGUCUUUUGUGACAAGUUUGGAGCUUGUUAUGUUUGGAGCUAUUAAAAAUUGGGUAGUUGCUCAAUGGA